GAGAGCUGAGCCAAAGGUUUUCCGUCCACUGGACAACUGCCAUUCCAGCUCCGUCCCCAGGCGCUUGGAACGCUGAUAGGCCCAUUAGGGCCUCAGGGCAGCCAUGGUCAGCUUUCACCAAGAGCGACCGCUACUUCUGCUGGCAGUGAUCUUGGCAGCGAGAUUCCAAUCAGGGAGCUCAAGAUCUUGUAUCCGCGUCGAUGAGAAAGACCCUUGUACUGUGGAACUUCCAGUCAACUAUCAACAGGGCGUUCCAAUUAAAGUGAAUGAGUGCGAAGGCGCCUGCCUAAGCCUCGGAUACUAUUACGCUGCCAUGUCACAAGGGAUCUUCUGCUCAUGUUUUCAUAAAGCCGAUCUAGAAAAGUGUGACUCGGUAGAUGAUUCAAAUUGUGAUGUAAUAAAAUGCGCUGAUGGAACGAACUACUGCGGACAAAACAUCGGCAGUUACCACAAGAUCAGUUUAGUUGGUGGAUAUCUCGACUUUCAAAUUAACCUGAAGCCACUGUCGGAUGACAAGUCCUGGGAACUGGAACUUGCAGCAGAUUCUCCUUUCAUCACGUACACCGUUCAACUUGGCGAUGGAUCAGACCCAGUGAUCCUGAAUGCGACAGGCCAGUCCACGUCCUUGACUCUUCCAGACUUCAUGUCAUAUGGAAAUUAUGUCAUUGAAGUGACGAGCCGCAUCGCUGGCUUGAACGGAAGCGUGACAAAGGUCGCCAAUGCCUUCUACACAUAUCCAGCAGAUACAGCGCUUGACGUCUUGGAAUGCCCAGAGAUCAUCGAGCCGGACACAGAGUACAAAUGCAACGUAUCCGUCACGGCGCUGCCAGUGGACGUCAUAACUGCGAAAUUCUCUUCCCCCAAGCUGGAAUACGCGUUCUCUGGGAUUGUAACCGAGUAUUACCACGUUGGCGACCCCCCACCAAGAGACCCCGACGAGGACUCGGGUGUAGCAGGAGUCACAAAAGACGAAUUUAUCUACAAAUAUCGCCAUCCGAUAGAUGAAGUCAGCAAAAGUCUCUUUUUCGAUCUAUAUCUCUAUGAAAGUGGCUCUGUGAGUUAUGGAUUUCUACGUUCAUGUCUUGAUGACCGCAUCAUCCCAAGAACAUUGACACUUAGGAAUUACAAAGGACUUGACAGCUCUCCAUUUCCUCGCGUAUAUGAAGAAAUCCUGAAGGACAGAAUAUCAUCGGUACAGCAGGAGAAGGAAGAGGCUUUUCGACGACUCAGUAAAGGUUUAGUCUACUGCCAUUAUCUGGGUGGCUGCGUCGCCUCUUGCCCAUAUGACGAUGAACACCUGUCCUACACCUGUCCGUCUAAGAAACUACUGUUUUGUGCUCAUCGAGGCACUUGCGAGACGCAGUUCACUAGUGACAUAUGUUCAACAUACACUGAAAAAGCUAACUACGUCAAAGAAACGAAAGGUGAAAGUCUGGAGAAAGGCUUUCACAGGCUAUCCUACGAAUAUGACCUGACACCGGGUACUGUGCCGAUAGUUAAGGGGCCAAUAGCGAGAAGAAACAUAUCGUCUCCUGAAGGGGAUACUAUCAGCGAUCUGGAGACUGACUCUCACCAUCUGUUCUCAGUAGUCUUGGCUAAAUCUAAUCCUUAUACGCUGGACCACAACUGCGUUGCUCCUGGGGUCAUCAAUUUGUCAUUUGAUGUGAUUAGUUCCACAAGGACUAUCUAUUGUCAAUGGAAAAUCACAGACGUUGCGCUGAGGAUAUCACAAGCUGAGACCGAUGCCUAUAAUCCAACCAUCAACGAUGAACCUUCUUAUUACGGAAGAUCAGACUUGCCGUUCACCUAUACAGUGAUACUCAGCGUCAGUGGCCCAGUUACUCUCACGUUCAUACAUACGCACACUUCAACUGGCUAUACCUUUAAUGAGACCUUCACCAACGAAGAUAAUCUUCCUAAAGGCUCUUCUCCCCAUGAACUCGAGUUCAGCGUGAGUGUCACAACCACUGGAUGUUACAACGUUACGGUCAUGGCAGAGAACCGACACAACCUCCACAAACAACCCAUCCAGAACUGGACGACGUUAUGCAUCCAGCAUCCAGUUGUCAACUCCCUGGCUAUGAGUCAUAAGCCAACGGAACACGAUGCGUUCCUGAUACCUGGCCAAGAAGCUUUAUUCGCGCUCGAAGACAACAGCGGAGCUGCUUUUCCCGACAACGCCACCUUCGAGAUCUCGUGGGGCGACGGCAAGACCACAAAGCUGUUCUCCCUCGGCAUCGGGCAGCAGGAGUUCUCACAUCAGUACCUUAAAGGCGGAUUAUACACCGUCACUGCUCGAGUUCACAAUGAUGUCUCCGAAAGCGCCACCUCUUGCCAGGUCACCAUCAUUGAAGCUAUCAAAGACUUUGCAGUGACUCCAAUGUACUUUCCAACGCUGGAUUCCCCAAGUGCCCGGGCAGGGUACGGUCAGACUAAGCAUUUGUUUCCCCUGGACAAGAAUACGAGUUUCUUCCCAUCAAUGUCUCAAGGGUCGGUCAAGACCUAUACCCUCAAACACACCGAAUCUGGCGCGUUGAUUUUGACACUCGAGACGACUAGCCAGUUCAAGCCGCUCGCCCACCACUUAUCUACGCUUUUUAAUGAGGAGAGGGUUUUUAAUGUGACAAUCACAGCGGCCAACGUAUUUGAAGAGGUUUCCUUUGAUGUUUCCGUCGAAAUCCUCGGUAUGAUCAGAGGACUCGGCAUAGACGACUAUGCAAUAGUUACACAAAAGGAAGAGGAGAAGAGAUUCAACGUCUCCUUUCAGACCAUGGGAAGUCGUUCUUGCAUGUUAGUCAGCUGGGGCGACGACUCGUAUCUCAGUACGUUCGGCAACGAAGCAGUUUGUCAACAACAGUAUUCUUGGGCCGUGCAUGAGAGCAACUCCCUUAGCGUCAGUAAUGAGAUCACUCACACAUACAUGAAGAACGGCAUCUACAACAUGAGCGUCGCAGUCUCCAACCCCAUCAGCUCGGUGAAUGACGUCUUCAUGUUUCUGGUGACGGAUAUUAACUGUACUCCUCCGAAGGUGGAGAUUAUCGACGCCGUCCUUUUCUACCUAGAUGCUCCUAGGCUGCUCCGAAGUCAGCCUGUGAAUAUUUUCACUAAGGCUGCGUUGAAAUGCAAUGUAACUUCCAUGACUAAGAAAUCUUGGCAAAUAUACCGACUAGACGAAUCCCUUGGGGAAUUAAGAACGCCAGUUGCAGAUGUAAACAAAAUCCCUUCAGCCUCGAUGUCGCAGCUUACCAUACCAUCGCAUUUCCUGGAUUAUGGUUUCUAUCAAGUCUUCUACACCUUAACAAUGUGGGAUCCGGCCAAUCUGGACCCUUACUGGCCUUUCCUGAAGACCGUGACCACCAUGAUCAAUAUCGUUCGCACGGACUUGUUGCCGAUCAUCAUGGAGAACGGCGUCUCUAGAGUCAUUCGAGGCAGGAAGCAAGAAGUUGCUCUUGAACCAGGCAUCUACAGCGUUGACCCUGACUUCCCAGACUCGAAGGACUUCACCUUCAAGUGGAAAUGUAGGAGAAGGGACGAACAAUGGCCAGGCCCUGACAUGGACAGCCCUCAACCAAUUUUCCCCAAAGGACCAUCGUCAGGAGGAUGUUUUGGGUAUGGGCCAGGUCUCUUGGACCUCCCUAAAGGAACACUGUACCUCCUUGGGAGCGACUUCGUAGAUGAUGCAGAUUCCUUCGAGUUCGAAGUCACUAUCGAAAAAGACGUGAGGCAAGAAAAGUCGAUAGCCCAAGUCGUCCUCAAAGAAGAAGAUGUGCCGAUCCUAAGAGCCAAGUGUCUUGCUAAAGAGUUCUGCAGGGCAUUCCCGGACGGUUUCUAUAUCAAUCCUUCGUAUCAACUGGAUAUGACGAUGGAAUGUAUAUCAGCGUGUGAUCCGCCACUGAAGUACGAGUGGGUAGCUUACGACUCCCACGACAAGCCAUUGCCUGUCAAAUCUGGAUACUUUCCAUUAGGCGCCACUGACCAAGAAGUUGGUGUAAGCGUUGCUUUUCACAAGGAUUUCAUAAGAGAUGAUAUGAUCAUCCUCUCCGGAACAGCCACCAAUUCAUUAAAUAAAAUAGGAGCGAGUUCUUUCUUCUUGUGGUACAACAGGGAGCCCUCAGGCGGGACGUGCGAAUUGAUUCACCCUCCAACAAACAAAGCUUUAAUCAGUAAAUACGUUUUGCAAUGCAAAGGUUGGACGGAUCGAGAAGACUUAGAUAUCAUGUAUAAAAUAUCACUGGUGGAAGAGAGCACAGGCAAAGAAACGACGAUGGCCACCUUGAAUCACGCCGACAAGGAGAUCCAAUCCAUCGAGUUGCUCUUCCCUCCCGGGACUUUCAAAGUCCUCGUGACAGUCAUCGAUGAGUGGCAAGCUUUCACGGUAGUUACGGUCGAGGAGAAAUUACAGAUAGCUAUGAUGACGCAAGACGAAUUCGGUGGUGAAACUACAAUGGGUCCUUUGCGUGUGACCUCCGGUGCGGGCGAUGUGCCUACACUGAAUAUGAACCUCGCAGCGCUGACUGCUAUCAUGAAUAAGGCUGACUGGAUGGCUACAGAAAACAAGUCCAAAGCGGAAGUCACGGACAUCCUGCUCACAAUGGACCAGUACAACAACUUCGGCAUCCGGGCUCUGCUGGAGAACACCAACUUCAACAAUCUUCAGACGAUAGAAAUGACGUCGUCCACUGUGGCGAACCUCUACAGGGCGGCUUCCAAGAACCUCGAGAUUAUCAAGUCAAUCAGCAUCGAGACGAGAGAAGCCACUUUAGAUAUGAUGGAGACGAUCAUAGACGGAGUAGAAAAUUCGGGAGUGAUUGUUCCAGACCAACUACAAAUGAUUGGUGAUAAUCUGGCGUCUAUUGCGAGCAACAACAUGCUGGGUAUUUUCGAAAUCGGAUCAGAUGAAGAGUGCAAAAAUGCUCCACCGUCUGAUCUCCGAGAUUCUGACAAAUUGCCCUUUGACACGGACAUCGGAACGGACAUUCACAUGAAAAUUCCUCCUAGUGACACUGAAAUCCGAAUGUGCAAUGUUAGAGACGUCACGAAGGAAAGAGGCUAUGAUCAGGUGCCCAAACUUGAAAACGCCGUGAAUCGUCUGACGAAAACGGCCCUGAAGAGAUGCUUAGUCGGAGAGUCUUGGACGUUCAGUGACCCCAACAGCAUGAUGGUCGACAUUGGCAUGACGAAACUGGUUGGCGAGAAAUGGACCGUCCCCCUGGCAGAUAACAAAAGCUUCAUUAUCCUUCCGGAAGGUUUCUGCCCGACCGGUACGUGUGGGGAUCCGGUAGGAAUCAGCAUCGUGAACUGGCCAUACCUGACACACAGCUACACACCCGGAGCGAAGAGCCUGGCCCUCGGCACCAGGGUCCUGGACGUCGAAAUCAGUCAGAGGAACGGAACGACCUUGAUCGUGGACAGAGUCGAUCCGCCCAUUCUGGUGGACGUCCCUCGAACCUUGAACAAGAUGGGCGUCAAUGAUUUCCCAGAACCGCUGUACGUAAACGCAACGGACGUCUCAAGUGCAAGUUUCGUUCCUGUCGUGUAUAGCACCUUCAAUGUCUCUAAGAAUUUCUCGUCUGUCAACAUCGAACUGACUCCGGAACACGACAAUCAUCGCCUCUUCCUCAUGGUGUCCCCGCUGAGGGUUCCGACAUUGACCAAACACCACUGGUACACCAUGGUCAAAGAUAUUCCUGUCAAACGAAACGGAACAUACGACUACUUUAUUCCCAGCACGGAGAUCAACGUGACGGGAUUCUUUUAUGUUGGCGUCGGAGAAUUCACUCCUGAUUUCGACAUAUCGCUGAUGAAAAAUCCUGUGGAAAAUCAGGUGAACCUCACCGCCCUGCAAAACGUCUCUCUGAGUUAUUCCAUCAGGAGUUUGACGUCUGGUUGCUACUUCUUCGACAGGAAAGCGCGCGAUUGGGAUGGCAGAGGCGUAAAGGUUGUCAAUUCCGACCACUCAGCCACCCGCUGCGCCUCCAGCCACUUGACCAGCUUCGCUGUUGGACUGUUUAUUCCGCCGAAUGCAAUAGACUUCAGCUUCGUGUUCGCCAACAUAGGCUUCGUCGACAAUCUGACCAUCUACUUGACCCUCAUCAUCUCGCUCAGCAUAUUCUUCCUGCUCAUGAUCUGGGCUCGCGUCAUGGAUCACAGAGACCUGAAGAAGCUUGGAGCUUCGCCAUUGCCAGACAACCACGUGCAAGAUAAGUAUCUGUACGAGAUUCUCGUCUUUACCGGGAACCGAAAAGGUGCCCAGACGGAUUCGACCGUGCAGUUCAUUCUGACGGGCGACCGCGGAGAGACGGACGUACGUACCUUUGGCGACAGCAAACGGCAAAUCCUCCGGAAGGCUGGAGUCGACGUUUUCGUUAUGGCUGUCCCAAGACCACUUGGUCAGCUUGAAUUCCUCCGCAUCUGGCACGACAAUUCCGGGAAAGGCCCCAAUGCAUCCUGGUACCUUAAUUACAUCGUUUUUCGGGACGUCCAGACGGGGCUCAAGUACGAAUUCAUCGCUAACCAGUGGUUCGCUCUGGAAAAGGAUGAUGGCUUGAUCGAAAGGAUUUUACCUGCUGCCGGAGACGAAGAAAAGAGACAGUUCCAACAUCUCUUCAAUACGACAACAGACAAGAACAUCGCCGACGGUCACCUCUGGUUUUCUGUGUUUCUGAGGCCUGCAAGGUCACGUUUCACCAGGUGUCAGAGGGUCGGUUCAUGCUUUGCUCUGCUUUUCCUUUCCAUGCUGGUAAACGCUAUGUGGUAUGAUAAAGUUCCAGAACAACCUUCAACCGGCGGGCUCAAGUUCGGCCCGUUUAGUCUUACUCCUGCAGAAAUCGGCGUGGGAGUCAUCAGCAAUCUGAUCGUGUUCCCUCCGUCGUUUCUGAUCGUGUUCCUGUUCAGGAGGGCAAGACCGUCAAAGCUUCGUGAAUCCCGCAUUCAGAAGGCAGUUGAGAAGACACGAGAAGAGUUCAGAUCUAAGCAUUCUGGCUCCUCCGCCGACGAAGAUUCUGAUACCGAAAACCAAAAAACCGAGAAGUCUGAGAUUUCAUACGAUCAUGAAAAGCAACGGGACGCCCCCAGCAGCGAUGAGGAUCAAAACAAGGAGGAAAAGGAGAAGACGAAGAAGAAAAAGAAGAAGAAGCUGACGCUUCCGCCCUUCUUCAGAUACGUCGCAUGGCUGCUCGUUUUUGCCUGCAUCGGCGUUUCCUGCUUCUUCCUGCUCAUGUACGGCGUCAUGUUUGGCAACUCGAAGGCGACGAAGUGGGUGCUGUCCCUCAUCGUGUCCUUCUUCUCCUCAGUCCUCUUCGUCCAACCUCUGAAGAUAUUCUUAAUGGCCUUCCUGGUGAGUGCCAUCUUCAAGUCUGGGGACCAAGACGAGGAUGACGCCGACGAAGACGAGGAAAACCCAAAACUUCAGCCUAAUGAGGAGUGGAUGCACGACGACACAGCGAGAAUUGCUCGGAGGUACGGGGCGGAGAACAAGGACUUGCUAGAAAAGCUACGUCACCAGAGACGCCAGGAAGUUGGCAUGAACGAGAUUAUGAAAGAGAUAUUCCUGUACGCUCUGUUCAUCUGGAUAUUACUCAUACUGUCUCACGGUAACAGGGACCCGAACGCUUUUUGGCUUCAGAAAGAAUUGCACAAUGCUUUCGUGAACGACGCUUAUGAGAACGAUGACGGCUUCGCUGCGGUAAAGACGACGGACAAACUGUGGUAUUAUCUGCACAACAAUCUCUUCCAAAGUCUGCGAGCGGAUACGCUUUACAACGGCAAGCCACCUUACGGUCUGAGAGGCUUCCUUGAAGAUCACUACAAUAGGAUUAUGGGAUACGCGACUAUCAGGCAGAUUCGCGCAAAGAGAACUCCGUGCAGUGUGGCAUCUACUAUGAGGGACAUUGUAGAUCACUGCAGCGAUUUUUCUCAAAAGGGCAAAGAGGACCACGAGGACUAUUGCAUCAAAUGGAUAAAACCUACACCAGAGACCAUCAACACACCUCAGUGUCAGACGAGAGAGUUCCAAUAUUCCACUGCCAAGAAACUGCAAGGAUUUCCCAAGUGGGGGAAGUUAGACUGGUACAGUGGAGGUGGGUAUGUGGUCCAUCUGCAGGGACCAAGUGCAGACCUGCGGGAGAGGUUUCUGGAACUCCAGAAAGAUAUGUGGAUUGACAACUACACCAGAGCUGUGCUCAUCGAGUUUUCAACGUAUAAUGCUGGCGUGAACCUUUUCGGGACCGGUCUCCUAAUGGCCGAGUAUACUCCAGGUGGUGGAAUUAUGCCAACACACAGGUUCGAGGGAAUACGGCUUCUGAACCACCAUUCCAACUUCGGGGCCUUCGUCAUAGUCUGCGAAGUCGUGUUCAUUCUGUUCAUCAUCUUCUAUACGGUACGCGAGAUCCGCGCGAUGUACACUCUGGGCCGAGCUUACUUCAAAAACUAUUGGUCCUUCGCAGAGAUCGCUAUAAUCGUCGCCUCCUACGCCAUGAUGGUCAUAUACGGUCUCAGAUAUAAGGCGACCCGAGACGUCCUGGAAGUCUUCAAGAACACGUUCGGCAAUGGCUACGUGAACCUAACCUACGCGGCCAUCUUGAACGAGUUCUAUCUGUACCUCGUCUCCUUCAUUGGCUUCGUCGGCAGUCUGAAGUUCAUCAAGUUGCUGAGAUUCAACAAGAAAAUUGGGGUCCUGUCGGUGACCCUGAGGCAGUGUUGGGACGACCUCGCCGGCUUCCUGGUGGCGUUCUUCCUCUGCUUCUUCUCCUUCGUCAAUAUGUUCUACUUUCUGCUCAGCAUGUACAUCGAAGAGUUCUGCAACUUCGUCGUAGCCGUGGAAACGUGUUUUAGUAUGAUGCUCGGUAAAUUCAACUUCGACCAGAUGAGGGAAGUGUCAAUCCUAGUUCCACUAAUGUUCUUCGUGUUCGUUGUCUUGAACUCCUGGGUUCUCAUCAACCUUCUCUUGACUGUGAUCAUCCAGGCAUUCAUUGAAAUAAAGCACGACAUGUUGAAGCAACCGAACGAAUACGAAAUAGUGGACUUCGUGUGGGGUCGCUUCAAGACCUUCAUUGGCUUGCAAGGGCGGCAGAGGACCCAGUUAAAGAAUGGAAGGAUGGUUGACGCCAACAACAAGGAGCCCUCUCAGGGCAGCACCGAGGAAAAGCUCGAGGACCUCCCAGAAAAAGUGGACAAGUUUCUGGAGUACAUCAACGCCAUAUACUUCGACGGGAACCUCGACCACCGGAACAAGUCGAGUCUUGCGUCAGCCUACAGCACGAAGCCCUUAUGUAGCAGCGGUCCCCCGAAGGGAGCAGGCACAAAUGACUCUGCUGGCACUUGGCCACAGACAAAGAGCCAGUUCAGCGCCAGGCAUCCUUCAGAUACAAAUGAUCAUGGCAGCGGUGGACGAUGGGCAGGCGCCGAAGACGAUAUUGAUUACGGCAGUAGGUUGAUGGGGAGAAAGGCUACGAAGAAAAAAGCCGAUUCGGAAGGAGAAAUGAGCUACACUGGACCCAGAGUAUCUAACAGAUUCCAGGCAGAACUUGAUGACUUUUAAAAGGAGCUCCCGACGUCUACGCUAAAACAACUUUUCUCUGACAAAGGACACCGUUGGGACAUGGACGAAGUAAUGAAAAUGUGAUCAGCUUAUGAUAACAGAUUCAUCACUGAUAAUUGCUUAUUACCUUUAGUGAUUGUAUACUGCAAUCUUGUUUCCUUAUGAGUCGCUAUAAUCACAGCAUUGGAGAAACAAAUUCAGUUAUGUAUAUGUACAUAGAUUUAAAGAUAAGUCUUUACAAAAAGCUUUUGGUUCGAUUCCCCUUUUCAGUCGAGCGGUUCCAUGAAGGUUUCCUGUUCACAGAUUUAUCUUUAAAUAUAUCCAUAUAGUACAUAACUGUGGAUUUAUUUCUCCAUUUCAAGACUCAUGCUACUAUGGGAAUCUUUUAAUUACAUCUUUUUUUUAAAUAAAUUCUGGCAAACAUAUUUCAAAGCAGAGGGGCAAAGCCAAACAAAUCCUAAGCCAAAGUUCAAAGUUUUCUGGUGCUAGAUUUCUGUCCUGCAAUGUUAGCAAUGGUAACUAAUACCUCUUCAAAUAAUAACAUAAACACCAAAAUUCAUCUCUCACAAAAUUUUUAUGUAAGGUUUAAAUAACUUGAAACGGAGUAAUAAGACUGGCUAGCUUUGAAAGAUCCUCAUUGUGCCGGAUAUUAUUUAUAUGAGUUUUUGUGAGGUCGUUGAAAAUAUUUAUGCUUUGGGUUGAUUACUAUGUCUUUAAAAAGAAAAAGUCUGGCAGUGACCUCAUUCUGAUAAAUAAACUUCUAAAAUUAA